AUGCACCGCAGCCUCUCGGGCCCGUCUCUCUCCACAGGCAGAAGCAACUUCCAGUCGGGCAGCAACUUCCAGUCAGGCUUCUCGCAGACGGCGUCCACGAUUGACCUCUCCUCGGUGGACAGGGAGAGCCUCCCCCUGGGAGUGACUCGGAUCUAUGGCAAGAGCAUGAAGAUGGAUGCCAGGCUGAAUCCGGCGAUGUUGGAGCUUAGAAUGAACUACCGCAACCUGCUGAACGAGUUUCAGGUGCACAAGGGCAAGCUGGUGUCCCAUCAGUUCGCCCUUAUGAGACCCAGGCCGAAGGCUGCCUUAGGCAAGCCGAAGGCGCUGGAGUACCCGCCAGGGGUGAACAAGGCCUUGUUCCGCAAGGCUGCACAGCUGCGGGAGCAGAAGAAGCAAGAGAGGCUGCCUAUGCUGGCUUGGGAUGAAGAUGACGGCCCACACGCUGAGGAGCCGGAGGAGGAAAACAGCCCCAGGAGUAAGCCCGACCCCACCCUGCAGAAGGAGGUCCGCGAGAUCGCGCGGAACGCGAAGGUGCAGGCGACCCACGCCUCGAUGGAGUACCCCGCCAACAGCGGCAACGGCUUGCCCAUCGACCGCAUCCCGCGGGCCUUGGAGGCGCUGAGCUACCUGAGUCCUGAUCCCAAGCGGAUCGAGGACGCUCUCCAAACGCUGCUCUACCGCAGCUCCUCGGACCAGCCUUUGGCGCUGGACGAGUUUGCCGUGGUGAUCCACCACUUCGAGGUGCACCGGGCGCAGCAGAUCAAGGCCCAAUUCAACCAGCUGGACGAGGAUGGCUCAGGGUCCAUCGACAAAGCGGAGCUCCGAAGGCUCCUGUGGGACACCGGGUACUCGGUGAACAGGGAUACGCUGGACGAGAUCUUCGAAGAGGUGGACAAGGACAAGUCGGGGUCCGUGGAGCUCAGGGAGUUUGAGCUUGUCCUCAAGAUCGUCUACGACCGCUUCGGCUUCUCCCGGAGCGAGGUCAAGGCCUUCUACACGCUCUUCGACCGCUACGACGCGGACCUGUCAGGUGAGCUUUCUGCAGACGAGUUGGCCGGCGCUCUUGGGUGGUGUGGUCACCCAACCAGCAUCGCCGAAGCUAGGGACAUCAUCGAGAGAUAUCUCGAAAAGUCCAUCCAGAGCAUCAGCCGCCCGGAGUUCCUCCGCAUCAUGCGGUGCGUGGCGGAGGAGGAGAUCGAAGAGUUCCGGGCGCUCUUCGCGGCCAUGGACGAUGACGACUCCGGGUUUUUGGACAUGGAGGAGCUCGCGGAUCUCUUCUUCAAGCUUGGGUACACCAUCCACUCCUCUGUCAUUGAGGAGGCUGUCCACGGCCUUUUCCCCGCCGGGAUUGAAGAUGGCAUCAUCUUCGAGGAUUGCGUGCACGUGCUCGCGUACAUCCGCGCCAACGAGGGCUUCUCCAAAGAAGAGGCGCAGGAGCUCAAGUCCGUGUUCCGGAAGUUCUGCUCCAAGGGCCGGGAUGAGCUGCGAGAGUUCGAGCUGACCCGGGCACUGAGCUGGUUGGGGUACCCGCUGUCCUCCCAGCGGCGGCGGCAGCUCUGGUGCCGGGUGGACCUUGACAAGAGCGGCGCCAUCCACGAGGGGGAGUUCCUGAAGUUGGUGCGGCACCUCCGGGAGGAGGAGACCUCGGCAGCCCAGAUCCUGCUGGCGAAGCUGCAGCACUCCCACUCAGGUCCACAUGUGCCAGAGGCGGACAUGAAGACGAUGCUGAACAAGAUCGGGUACUCGCCCCCUCCAAACAUCCUCAACCAGGCCUUGCAGAUGCCUGGGGACUCCACCGGCGACGGCCAGACCGACAUCUACGGGAUCUUAAACAUACUCCGCUUCCUCCGGGUGAAGAAGUUGCGGCAGAGCGCCGGGCUGUCGGACCAGCAGGUGGCGAAGAUCCGGUCCAAGUUCAGCUUGAAGCUGGAGGCCGGCAAGCGAGUGGAGCCCCAGGAGUUCGAGCGCUUCAUGUACGACCUCUUCAAGAGCGCCAAGCACUCCCAAUCUGCGCAACAGAAGAUCCAGGAGCUGAUCCAGGAGAACUUCGUGGAUGGCAGCCUGGGGCUGUCGGAGAUGUUCUGGGUGGUGCGGCUGUACGAUGACGCUCGAGCCGAGGAAGCUUGGGCACUGGAAGAGCAGAUCAUCAAGGAGGCGGGCUUCAGCUCUGCACAGGUGGCCCAGCUCCGCGAGCGCUUCGUGAAGGCGGAGACGGAGGGGAGCGGCACCGUGACCGACGCGCAGGGGAUUUGGGUUGCAGCCCGGGUGUGUCAAGCGGCGAAGCCGCGAAGCGCAGAAGCGCAAUAA